GAGAAGCGGGCCGAAAAUUUGCGAUCUAUAGCCGAGCCUGAGAGACCUCUCGUUUACUCGUGUGAGUCACAAUCGGUCGCGGUGCUGUGCCGUUAAAGUCGCGCGUAAGUACGAACAAACGUGGCACGCAUUCGUCCUUCGUGGGGAGGCAGCGCACGCGAUUUUAUUAUGGCGAUUACAUGCUUUUAGCGCGAACAGCUGAUUCGGCGAGUCUUUUCCCGCGUGGUGCGAAGUAACGUACAAUCGGAGGGAGAGAGAGAGAGAACGCGAGAAACGUCCGUGACGACGACGAAGCGCACGCCGACGGUCCUGUUUGUUGUUGACACAAGAUUCCGCUCGAGAAAGAUGCGUAUUGACGUGUCCUAAUGACGUAAUUGGUCGAAGAGGCGAGACGGUUCACGCGCGUAUGUCCACGUACGUAUCAAGUGCGAUCAAUCGUGCGCCUCUUAUGUCGCGGGAACCUGCAAGGUCGACGACGACGAGCGAAAACGUCAAGAUCGCUGGAGGUGUGAUGAGGAGGCCGUGAGAUAGGUGUCGGUGUGCGUGUGUGUGUUCCGUGCCGAGCAAUGAAGUCGAACGUGCUUACACUGGUAUCGUUAUUGCUCCUGGUGUGUUCGUGUCUCCGGGCUAACGCGGAAUUGGAGGGUGCCGCGAAGAAACGCGGCGACAUCGCGCAAAAGUCGAAUUCCAACGAGGAGACGGAGGAGGAUGUCACCAAUGAGGACAUGGAGAACGCCUUCGAGCAGCUGCGCGAGCUCAGGGCGCUGCGGGAAACUAUACUGAAGCUGGUGCCAGCGUCCGAUUCGCUUAUGAAUGAAAAAGUUAGCAAGCACAGGAAGGAGGAGGCGGAGGGCAAGGUGGACAGCGUCAGCAAGGAGAGUCUGGAGAGCUCGGGAACGAGGAAUGUGUGGAUGAAGACUAUGAUAGCUCAGACCAAGGACAUAGAUCCUAUGGACAUAAACAGUAAGCAGCUGGACGAGGAAGAUAUGGAAGCCUGGGAGAAUCACGAGCAGUACGAGAGUACGCUCGAAGAGGAGGUCCAAGAGCCGCUGUCGCCGGAACAACAGGCAGCCGAGCAGAUAUUCAAGAAUGCUCAAAGUAUUUUAAACGCAAUGCGUGCCAACAAGUCUGAGGGCUACGAAUUGCUUAUCGAGGCAGCGCAGCUGGGCCACCGAGAGGCCAGAUCUAUGUUGGCAUGGGCGAGAUUACUGGGAUCUCGUUUGGGCCCCACUUCUUUGAGAGUGUCCAUCGAUGACAUACCCAGCAUAUUUGAGAUAUUCAAAGAGCUUGCAGAUACGGGUCUUCCAUCGGCCCAUAUGGGAAUGGGAUUUUUGUACGCGACCGGAAUUGGCGGCGUUAAUGCAUCUCAAGGGAGAGCCCUGCUUCACUACACUGUAGCCGCUCUUGGCGGCGACACUCGGGCGCAAAUGGUAAUGGGAUACCGUCAUUGGGCCGGUCUGACGACGUCACCGUCCUGCGAGCGAGCGUUGGAUUAUUAUCGAAAAGUCGCGAAGAAGGUCGCGGAGGAAGUGUCGCUCAGCGGUGGCCCGGUUGUUCAACGUGUUAGGCUGCUGGACGAGCAUGAGAAUCCGGGAUACACUUCCGGAAUCUUCGACCAGGAUUUAAUCGAGUACUAUCAGCUGUUGGCGAAGAAAGGCGACACUCAGGCGCAGGUCGGGCUCGGUCAGCUGCAUUAUCAAGGAGGCAGAGGAGUUCCUUUAGAUCACGAGAAGGCUGUACAAUAUUUCCAACAUGCUGCCGACGCCGGCAAUCCUGUGGCAAUGGCUUUCUUGGGAAAGAUUUACCUGGAAGGGAGCGAGAUCGUGAAGCAAGACAAUGAAACGGCGUAUAAAUAUUUCAAGAAGGCCGCUGAGCUGGGCAAUCCGGUCGGCCAAAGUGGAUUGGGCCUGAUGUACUUAUACGGAAUGGGAGUGGAGAGAAAUACCGGUAAAGCGUGGCAAUAUUUCCAUCAUGCUGCGGAACAAGGCUGGGUCGAUGGGCAACUGCAAUUAGGCAACAUGUAUUUCAGUGGCAUUGGUGUUAAACGGGAUUACAAAAUGGCGAAUAAAUAUUUCAAUUUAGCCAGCCAAUCCGGCCACGUGUUGGCGUAUUACAAUCUCGCUCAGAUGCACGCCACCGGCACCGGCAUGGUGAGAAGUUGUCCCCCGGCUGUGGAAUUGAUGAAGAACGUCGCCGAGAGGGGAAAGUGGAGCGACCAGCUGAUGGUGGCGCACACAGACUACAGAGAAGGCAGAGUAAACGAAGCAUUCCUAAAUUACGCUCUAUUCUCCGAGAUGGGUUACGAGGUCGCGCAAAGUAACGCGGCAUUCAUCCUGGACCGAGGAGAGACCGACGUUCUGACGGAAGAGGAGGGCUUAGUCAGAGCCUUAGCAUUGUGGACGCGAGCUGCAGCCCAAGGAUACUCCGCGGCACAAGUGAAACUUGGUGACGCUCACUACUACGGUAGAGGUACCAAGGUCGAUUACGAGAUUGCUGCGGGCCACUACCGUUCGGCAUCUGACCAACAGCAUAACGCCCAGGCUAUGUUCAAUUUGGGCUACAUGCACGAACGUGGCCUGGGUUUGGCGAAGGAUCGACACUUGGCCAAACGAUGCUACGACUUAGCCGCCCAAGCCAGCCCAGACGCGCAGAUCCCCGUAGCGCUGGCCCUGAUCAAACUCUCCUUCCUCUUCGGCCUGGAUUAUCUGCAGGAAUUCAGUUUGGUCGAUCAGCUGGAUAAGUGGGAUCAGCUGCUCGGGCAGAACUGGGAUCUUUAUCUUAUCGGAUUUCUCACGGGAAUGCUUAGUCUUAUUAUAUACUUCCGCAGACCGCAGCCACCUCCCCCACCGAGACCUCCUGUUAACUAAAUUUUGUACUUUUACUCAUUAUUUCGUACAUAUAUAAAAUAUACAAUAGAUUUUUCUAGACCUAAGCUUGGAAAGAAUUUUAUAAAGGAUUUCGUAUACCGGGAAAUCAUUUUUGAUAACGCAAUUCGUCCUUCCCAAAGCGAUACAGGCUAUGUAUAAUCUCGAGUUCGAUAUUAUUUUCAGCAAUUCAAUGUAUGUCACAAUUGAUUUUACCUCUGACCGGUGCAAAUGAUAAUAAUAAUAAAUUUGCCGACUCUUGUGGCGCUCUGA